AACAAAAAAAACCUCGACAGCCAGCAAGGAAGUACCGAAAGUACCCUUCUCUCUCCUCUGGGCUGUGUUCUCCACCCAAAUCCAGCCAAAACCCCUCCCCCCUCCUCUCGGUUCGGCGAUCGGCGGCGGCGGCGAUGAGCGCGGUGAACUUAACGAACGUGGCGGUGCUGAACAACCCCACCUCUUUCGUCAACCCCUUCCAGUUCGAGAUCUCGUACGAGUGCCUCGUCGCCCUCGAGGACGAUCUGGAGUGGAAGCUUAUAUAUGUUGGAUCAGCUGAAGAUGAGAACUAUGAUCAGCAACUUGAGAGUGUGCUUGUUGGCCCUGUGAAUGUUGGGACAUACCGUUUUGUUCUGGAGGCCGACCCCCCUGAUCCCUCAAAGAUCCGCGAGGAGGACAUAAUCGGGGUUACAGUGCUUUUGUUGACCUGUUCAUACAUGGGGCAGGAGUUCAUCAGAGUAGGCUACUACGUGAACAAUGAUUACGAUGAUGAGCAACUUAGGGAAGAACCCCCAGCGAAGCUGCUGAUUGACCGGGUGCAGAGAAAUAUUUUGACCGACAAGCCCCGAGUCACUAAGUUCCCCAUCAAUUUCCAUCCCGAAACCAGCGGAGGACAGCAGCAAGAUCAGCCACAAUCAGCUGUACCUGAAAACCAGACAAGCGAAGGGAGCAAGGCCAGCACAGAUCUUUGACCUGGUCUGGAAACUUGGGAAUGCCAAAAUUUUGAUCUGCAUGCCUUCUAGGUGAGAUUGCAAUAUCAGAUGGCUUCCUGGGAUGCUGCUGCUACCUGAACCGUCUGUUCUGGUGCGCCACUAAACUAGACUAUAGCCAAAAACUCACAUUGGUUAGCCAUGUGCCUGUGGUGGGUAGGUAAGGUUCUGACACACUGCGUCCUUUUGCUAGUGAUGAACUGUAAGCUGGAUGUUCAUCCAGUGAUCCGGUGCAACCGUGGUUGUCUUGUCUCUUGGAUUAUGUCUGCAGUCGCAAGGGUUCGUUA